GCGGUCUGCAAAGGCGUUCUAGCAUAUCAAUCGUCGGAUAGAAUCCACAGGUCUUCCCUUGAGGAUUAAAAGCGAUUUGUGGCUGCCCGUAACCCAUUACAACUCGUCCAAACUUCACACAUAAAAAAUGCGUCAUAUCGCUGCUUACCUCCUUCUCCAAAUCGGUGGCAACGCCUCUCCUUCUGCUGCUGAUGUGAAGAAGGUCCUUGGUGCUGUUGGCAUUGAGGCUGACGAUGAGCGCCUCGAAAAACUUAUCUCCGAGCUCGAGGGCAAGGACGUAAAUGCUCUGAUCGCUGAGGGAUCUGCCAAGCUCGCUUCCGUUCCUUCUGGUGGUGCAGUUGCUGUCAGUUCCGGUGGCGCUGCAGCAGGAGGUGCUCCUGCUGCCGCCGCCGAGGAGAAGAAGGAGGAGAAGAAAGAAGAGGAGAAGGAGGAGUCCGACGACGACAUGGGCUUCGGUCUCUUCGAUUAAUUACGUUAUUAUCUUGUCCUGUAUUUCCACGAAAAAGUGUAUUCAUACGCUUGCAGCUACAAGCUAAUAAUGACGAGAUUGGUGCCGAUCUCGGGCGGAUGCGCGCUUAUGAGAGGACGGAAAAGGCGAGUUC